AGCAUCCAACAGGCUACACGUCACCACCAUAUUCGCAUCCCUCGUUGAAGGACUCCCUUCCUUCCAACCACUCCUCCUAGGGCUGUAUCGAUCAUCUGAGACUCCUCGGUGAUCACUCGCAUCAUCCACUAGCCAUGGCGACCGCAGGAGCAAACAAACGCAUUGCGAAGGAAUUGAACGAAAUCACCAGAGAACCUCCGUCGGGGAUGAAAGUGCGUCUAGUAGACGAGAGCAAUGUCCACAAAUGGGAGAUCAUCAUGGACGGUCCCGCGUCAUCACCCUACGAGGGCGGCCACUUCAAACUCCUCCUCACCCUCCCCAUCGAAUACCCCUUCAAGCCCCCAAUCCUCUCCUUCCAAACCAAAAUCUACCACCCCAACGUCAGCAACGACGACAAGGGCUCCAUGUGCCUCGGUAUGCUUCGCUCCGACGAAUGGAAGCCCCCGAACAAGAUCCUCGCCGUCCUCAACAUGGCGAGGAACCUGCUGGUUGAGCCGAACGCCGAGGACGCCAUCGAGACGAGCAUUGCGGAGCAGUAUCGGGGGGAUCGGAAGGCGUUUGAGAAGACGGCGAAGGAGUGGACGAAGAAGUAUGCGAAUGCGAAAUAGUCGGGGGAAGAGACCGUGAAAGAGAUUUAUGGGGGGGAUGGAAUACGUUGUUUUUAUGGAGCAAGGGAAAUACAUGUCUAUCCGAUGGCGCAUCAUGGACGUCGAGCGGCUGCAUUUCAUGGAGUCUUAAGGUCUAUAUAUUGGUUGGAUUACGGUUCAUUGAUACCGGUAGUCAGGUAUAUGAGCAGUAUGUGAUCGUCGAAUUCUAGGAUAUACCGAGCUGCAUUUACACUGUCCAGUAUCAUCAUAGCUUCCCGUCCUCAGGACUUGGCGAGUGACGCUCUAUCACUUCCACGUUCCUGUGCCAGU